AUCUUAAUGAUGGAGGUGGAUAUUACCCAAAAUUCUAAUGAAAAGUUGCAAGAAUGUGAAAAACUUGCUAAAGAAGGUAAAUUAAAUGAAGCUUUAGAAAUUCUGUAUGUUAUUGAAAAACAUGCUAGGACGGCUUGUGAUGCCCCUGCAACAGCUCGUAUAUUAGUUUCUAUAAUUAGACUUUGCUUCCAGGCAGCGGAAUGGGAUAUGCUGAACGAAAACAUCGUCUUGUUAACCAAAAGACGAAGUCAGUUGAAACAGGCUGUUGCUAAAAUGGUUCAAGAAGCCUUCACCUUCGUCGAUCAAACGCCCGCUGGGGCAAUUAAAUUAAAAUUAAUUGAGGUUUUGAGACAAGUAACGGAUGGGAAGAUCUACGUUGAAGUUGAAAGAGCAAGACUGACUAGAAUACUAUCUGAGAUGAAGGAAAAGGAAGGAAAUAUCGAUGAAGCAGCUCGAUUAUUACAGGAAUUGCAAGUUGAAACAUACGGCUCUAUGGACAAGCGUGAAAAAGUGGAAUUUAUUUUAGAACAGAUGCGUCUUUGCCUUGCCAGGAAGGAUUACAUUCGUGCGCAAAUCAUCAGCAAAAAAAUCAGCCCUAAAUUUUUCUCAAAUGACGAGGCACAAGAUUUAAAGUUGAAGUUUUACGAAUUGAGUAUAAGCCUUGCUGAAGCUGAUUCCGCUUAUAUUAAAGUAUGCCAGUACUAUUCAGAAAUUUAUAAUACGCCGAUAAUUAGGGAAUCUGAAAACAAGUGGAAAGAGGCCUUACAAAAGAUGGUAAUAUAUGGUAUAUUGACUCCCUCGAGUCACGACCAGAAGCAAAUGAUACUUCGCAUCAGUCAAGAUAAAAAUCUAGAAAAGAUUUUGAAAUAUAAAGAGUUACUGGACUGUUUCAUUAGUCAAGAAAUCGUACUUUGGAAUUCCAUUACAACGAGGUUUCAAGAAGUAAUUUUAAAAGGCUGCGAAGAAUCGCCUAACACGAAUCUCUUUGAGACUGAUACAGAUGAUGGUCGAAAGCGAUGGGCGAGUCUUAAAGAGAGAGUAGUGGAACAUAAUAUAAUCGUGAUAGCAAGUUACUAUACUUCAAUCAAACUGGGUCGACUAGCUGAACUAUUACAUUUAACGGUUGCGGAAACAGAAACAUUUAUAUCAAAUCUGGUCAUUUCAAGAACUAUAUUUGCCAGAAUUGACAGACCUGCUGGCAUUGUAAAUUUUAUUAAGAUUUGCGAGCCAGAUCUGAAGCUGAAUGAAUGGUCUACGAAAACACGUAACCUAAUGGGUUUAAUAAAUAAAACGACCUACAUGAUUAACAGGGAAGAAAUGCUUAAGGCGAAGGGUAAUAACCUCAUCCUAACAGAUUAAACUCCUAUCUGAAACGACAUUUUUAUCAUUAAUUCCUGUUUAUGAUAUCAUAGUGUAUAGUUAUAGAAUUGAAGUUUAUUCUUGAGUUCAUUAACACAUAUCUAUGUUUUAUACGCGCUUUACGCAAUUGUUAAUCCUAGAAGUAGCAGCUCAGAGCUAACAAUCAACUGUUACAUGAUAGCUCUGAGGUAGUUAUUCUCUUUUCAGAACGAUACAACAGGACUUAAGUAUAAUUUAUGGGUUUUGUUACAGUAUGGUAUAUAGUUGACUGAUCUAGCGCUAAUUGUUCACAGUAGGGUAGUGUGUUCUAGGACAGGUAAUAAAAUGC